GAUCCGGCGGCCUUGGCGCGUCUAACCACCGUGACCAGUAGUUAUGACCAGGUACGGAACCUAGCUGCGUCACGUCUCCCAGCAUAGCUCGUCCCAGCCUGCCAUAUCGCAGCUCCCACCGAGCUUCGCGCAACACCAUACCUACUACCCAGUAGUUCACCACCACCAUCGCCACCACCACCACCGCAACGCAAACAACAAUGGGCUCCGACGACGAAUACGGCGCCUUCCCGGACGAAGCGUUCACGGCCGCACUCGAAGCCGCCGAGCGCACGCAUCGCGCCGCACCUCCACCCCCACCCCCACCACCCGCAAAAGCCGCCGCCGCCCCACCAGCACCAGCACCAGCACCUGCACCUGCACCAGCAGCAGCAGCAGCUCCACCAGCAGCAGCUCCACAGCCUGCGCAACAACCACCAGCAAAACCCGCCGCACCAGUGCAACCAGUCCCGCGCAAAGUCGGCGGCAGCGGCAAAGGCUCCGCGAUAAUCGUGUCACCGCGGCAGAAAGGCAACCCGCUGCUAUCCCACAUCCGCGCCUGCUCCUGGGAAUACGGCCCGUCGACCCUAUCCGCCGACUACCUCCUAGGCGCGUCCACGGCAGCACUAUUCCUAUCACUAAAGUACCACAAGCUGCACCCAGACUACAUCCACACGCGUCUGUCCUCCCUCGGCGUGAACCACAGCCUCCGCAUCCUCCUCGUGCUCGUCGACAUCCCCACCCACGCCGACUCUCUCCGCGUCCUAACCAAGACCUGCCUCCUCUCGGGCGCGUCCCUUCUGUUAUCCUGGAGCGCCUCCGAGUCCGCGCGCUACCUGGAGCUAUUCAAGACGCAGGAGCACACUGCGCCGACCGCGAUCCGCGAGAAGGUCGCGGCGGAUUAUGGCACGCGGCUGGUGGAGAUGUUUACAAAGGUGCGGGGGGUUAAUAAGACCGACGCGGUUACGCUGGUGUCGACGUUUGGGAGUGUGAGAAGAGCGGUUAAUGCAAGACCCGAAGAGGUCAUUAUGAUCUCUGGCUGGGGGCAGCAGAAGGUUGCCAGGCUCGAGAGGGCGGUCGGGGAGGGGUUCGUGGUCGGGAAGAGGAAGCUGCAAGGGGGGGAAAAGGCGGGGAAGAGGGUGGUGAUGCCCGCCUCGGAGGCGGAUGGUGUCGCGGCGAGGUUGGGGAUUGCGUCGGCCGCUGCGACGGCCGUGAGGGCGCAGGUGCCCGAGGCGUGGGUCAUUGAGGACGACGCGGAUGCGCUGGCGGCGGUGGCGGAGUUUGAGGCUGCGGAGGAGGCGGCGAGGUCGAGGGUGAGGGUGAGUGUGAGUGUCGUCAGGGGAGCGUCGAGUCGGCCGGAGAAGGGGAAGGAGAAGGAGAAGGAGGAUGUAGAUGUAGAUGUAGAUGUGCUGGAGGAGGAUGGUGUUGGCGUGGGAAUCAUGGAGGCGCUGGCAAAGAUGAGGGAGAAGAACAUUUAAACCAAUUGAGCUGAAUUGAGAGGUCGGUCCGCCAUUCUA